ACCGCCCCCUGCACACGCCGGCCCCGCCCCCUCCACGCUGAGUGACAGCCCGGCGGCCCAUUGGCGAGCCGAGGGGGGCGGGCCGAGCGGCGGCCGGCAGCCAGUCAGGCGGCGCGGCGCGGCGGCGGCGGCGGCAACAUGAGCUUGUCCGUGAGGAAUGAGCUUUCAGUGGACAAAAUGAAAAAGAAGAAAAGAAGAGAACUAACUGAGGAACAGAAACAAGAAAUUAAAGAUGCCUUUGAGUUGUUUGAUACAGACAAAGAUAGAGCAAUAAAUUACCACGAAUUGAAGGUGGCAAUGAGAGCCUUGGGUUUUGAUGUGAAAAAAGCUGAUGUACUGAAAAUACUUAAAGAUUAUGAUCGAGAAGCAACAGGCAAGAUCACUUUUGAAGAUUUUAAUGAAGUUGUGACAGACUGGAUAUUGGACAGAGAUCCACAUGAAGAAAUACUCAAGGCAUUCAAAUUGUUCGAUGAUGAUGACUCUGGUAAAAUAAGUCUGAGAAACCUGCGUCGGGUUGCUAGAGAACUGGGUGAAAAUAUGUCCGAUGAAGAACUACGGGCUAUGAUUGAAGAAUUUGAUAAAGAUGGAGAUGGAGAAAUCAAUCAAGAAGAGUUCAUUGCUAUUAUGACUGGAGACGUUUAACAUCAGAAAAGAAGACAUGAAUUCGUGGCAAAAGGGAUGAAUUAGUGACAUCUGCCAUUCCAAUAUUUUCUACUUUGUUUCUGUAGAGUCAUGUAGAAGAUUACUUUCCUCACUGAUCGAAAUAACACAGGCUUUAUAUGCUGGUACUUCGGUACUUUUUACAAUUAAAUAUUGUCACUCAAAUAAUUGAUACAGCAUAUUAGAAGAAGUAAAACUACAUUUCAGAAUGUUUGAGUACUCACUUGUAAAAUAGCUUUGUAUAAGAUUUCUAAAUUAUAUUGUCUUGUAAGAAGCGUUUGAAGUUAACUUUGUGUUAUGAUUAGCUAUGGCCUUAGUUUUGAUACAUAAGGUUUGACAAGCUUCCAUUUUAAUAAAAUAUUCUUUACUAUUGCAACUUGAAA